AUGGCGCUCAGAAAGGCAUCGAGGGCGCUCAACUCCGGCAUUACGAAACAACGAAAGCAUCUUCAAUUACUUAUUUAUGUCUCACUUCUCAGGCCAUAUAUCUUCGGGAGCGGACAGGAAAACUUCACUUCGUUUGAGUUUACUAGCGCGUCUUUUUCGCGGGAUCCCUGCUUCCCGCCCCGAACUCAUCGUAUACCUUUUCGCCUUGAGCUUGUAUAUAAAACUUCAGUUGUAAACAUUACAGGACUGUCUCUAAUAUCCAUUGCGAUCACAUCGCUAAGAAAGCCACAGGUUCUACCACCACCCAGCUAUCCUGGAUCUCUUCGCCAGGCUCGAAGAAGGAAGACACUCCAAAGGCUCCGACAACGCGAGCGCCAUGCCUCCGAUAUCAUGCGUUACGAAAUGAAUCUUGACUGGCCUGAAAACGUGCGAAUCUUUCAACGACUGUACAACGCCAGUGCGACGGUCAAGUGGGUUCGCGACGACUACAACAACCGUGAAAAGAGCGAAAGGUCGCAGAUGUGGACGAGACACAUCAUCAAGCCUGUCUAUACGGCACAGAAGGAACAAGACCGUGCUACGGUACGGGCAGAGAUCAUCAACGCCGCAAAGGCUCUCAAAAUCGAGAUUCCUAUCACGAAUCCGCCUGUUGCGGCUCCUCCUGCACCAACUAUCGCUCCUGCUUUACAGCCAUUAUCAAUCUGGAAUACUCAAGAUUCUUUGGUUGUGCUGAACACGACAGUAUCCACAGCUACUCCAGCUACAACAUCCGCUACGAUACCCUUCCACGCUCUCCCGCUGGCUAAGCGCUCUGCUCCCAAGUCUCGUCGUCUUGGUCCAAAGUUUGUUCUUGCUGGCCAUCCGGAUCCCGCGGAGGCGCAGAAAACCAGCGAGCCUCUAGCCAAGAAACCUGCGACAGCUGAGCGCGUCCAGAUGAGUCGAGAUCUGCCGUCAGCUUCGUCUUAA